GGUUGAACGAUGGGCUGCAUCAAGGGCUGAACCUCCUUCCGGAUAUAAUCAAAGUUAUAUUCAACUACAGGAAGUAUCGAUUCGCCCUGACAGCGGACAUUGAAAAGGCAUUCCAGCAAUUCAAGAUCGCGGAAGAUGACCGUACCUUCCUACGAUUUCUAUGGCCCUCGGGGAUAAGCUCAAACCCCGAAGCAAGAAUCCAGGAAUACUGGGCGAAAAGGCUGAAUUUCGGUCUGGUCUGCUCGCCAUACCUCCAUUGCCAAGGCCUGAGAUGUCACCUGGAAAGCUGCCAACAGAAAUACCCAAGAGACGCGAAGUUCAUCCAGGAAAUCAUGGAAUAUUUCUAUAUGGACGAUGUAACCCUGGGAGGUGAAACAAUCCAGGAAGCAAAAUACAGGAUAAGGAGGACGUUCGAGAUAUUCGAAGAAGGACAUUUCCCCCUCAAGAAAUGGUCUUCGAAUUCCCAACAACUCGGUGAAUUCAUAAAAAGAUAUUCACCGGUCCCGGACCCAAUCGUAACGACGGAUGGAACGAAUGCCAAAUUCCUAGGUAUUCCAUGGAAUCAAAUCACGGACAAAUUAUCCGUUCCAACAACCAAAGCCCUGGCAACACUCACCGCCGGCGAACCAACAAAAAGAAAACUCUUGAAAGGUUUGGCCAUGAUAUUCGAUCCCAUCGGCAUAAUCGCUCCUCUGCUCAUCAACGCGAAAGUCCUACUCCAAUCAACCCGGAAAAAUAAGCUCGGCUGGGACUCUACAUUAAGAGGCGAACAGGCGGAGCGAUAUGAAAAUUUCAUCAGAUUAUUAGAGGGAGCAAACCAACUAUAAAUCCCUCGACACAUGUUCAGACCGUCCACCGAUGCCACGAUACGCUCUCUCCACAUAUUCUGCGACGCAUCUCUCUCAGCGUACGGAUGUGUCGCGUACCUAAGAGAACAACCGAAAGUCGGAGAUCCACACAUCUCAUUCAUCUUGGCAAGAGCGAGAGUAGCGCCAGUCAAGGCGAUGACAAUCCACCGCCUCGAAUUACUGGCGGCUCUCAUCGGAGCAAAGAUGUCUAAAUCCAUCGUCAACUUCUCGAGCUCGGCUCAUAUCCAGACACAUUUCUAUUCCGACAAUUCGAGCGUGAUCGGCUGGAUUCGCUCGAAGCCAGAGAAAUUCAAGCCGUUCGUCGCGAAUAGAGUGAGACGGAUACAAAGUCUAGUGAAUCAUGCCCACUUCAACUACGUUAGGAGCCUAGAGAAUCCCGCCGACAUAAUAUCACGGGGAUACGACAUAGCAGACCUCAAAGCGCGGGAGCUAUGGUUCUCAGGACCUACGUGGUUGAAGCUACGAGACCAUGAGCUCCAGCACAAAAUACGGAGCGAAAACGCAUCACUGUCUCCGAAAAACAAUGGCACAGACGGCGAAUGCCGACCGAACAUCGCGGCGACAUACUUCAAGGAGGAAUUACGCACGCGGUGCGAAAACCUGAAAAAGUCGAGCGUCCUUUUCAAAUAUUCUCCUAGAAUAAAUAAUCAAAAUCUGAUUACGAGCAAAGCAAGACUCGUCGCGGCGACCGACCUCACUUCAGAACAGGUCGAACCAAUCAUCCUCCCAUACAACUGCGAACUAUCGUUCCUCAUACUCAGGGAUAUUCACGAAAACGAUUGUCUACAUACGGGAGGAGUGAAUGCUAUCUUGCACAGCCUCCGGAAACACGCUCGGCGAGCAGCCAGAAGAACAAUACAGAAUUGCCAAGUAUGCAAAAUCUUCCACGGCAAAGCCGCACAAUUUCCGACAGCGGACCUACCGAGAUUUCGCAUAGAAAGAUCACCUCCGUUCUUCCACACAGGCUGUGACUUCUGCGGGCCGGUGAGAUACAGGAAAGAAUCCGGAGAGAUAGCAAAGGGAUACAUAUUACUGCUAACUUGCGCGGUUACGAGAGCAGUCUGUCUUCAACUGACCACCAAUCUCUCAACCGCGGAAGUACUCGGAGCCCUCCAAAAGUUCGUCAACAGAUACCCCAACGUCAAACACAUAAUCAGCGACAACGGUGCAUCGUUUGUGCGAGCAGCCAAUGAGCUCGAACUCCUAUGCGAACACAUAAGGGACGGAGAGGUCAAGAGAUGGUUAGGAGAAUCAUUCAUCGAGUGGACAUUCACACCACCAGCGAGCCCUUGGUUCGGGGGUUUCUUCGAGAGACAAGUACAGACGGUGAAAAGACCUCUCAGAAAGAUCCUCGGGACGAACAUCCCUCAUUUCCGAGACCUGGAAGUAAUACUCUCGGGGAAAGAAGCUAUGGUCAAUCGCAGACCGAUUACCAUGGUCGCCACGGGCACAGACGACUCAGAGGCACUGAGCCCAUCCGAUCUUCUACAUGGUUACAAGAGUACGACGGUAUUUCCCCAACACUCUCUCAAACCGCUGAGAGCGGAAGAUACAGACAAAAUAAUCUUCUCCAGACGCUGGGCAUACCAACAAAAAAUCUUGAACUCCUAUUGGAAAAGAUUCCAGCAAGAAUACCUGCAGUAUCUCCGAACGGCCCACAACCGUCUUCCAAUCGAGUCACGACCCCUGAAAAUAGGAGAUAUCUGCCUCGUGGAGGAUACAAUCAACAAUCGAGCAAUGUGGCCGCUCUGUCGAGUCAUAGCUUUCCCGGAAAACACCACACCGGAGAACGCACGUUCCUGCACCAUCAAGACCGCUAAAGGACAAACUUUCGUCAGACCCAUCAAGAAAUUAUACCCUAUUGUAUCCCAACCCUGGAGCUAG